GUGAGCCUAAGAAGUCCUUAAAUCUACGACGGCGGGAGGAAGAGAAACCGGGUCUGGACAUAGAGGCAACAACGCUGCCAUUAUGAGCCGUCAUCUCAUCCAGGAGGAGCUCAGUCUCGAAGACGUCUGUGGGAUGCUCCGGCGAGAACUGUGCCAGGGGAAUGACUUCCUCCAGUCAGAUACCCACAUCUUCAUCAUCUUAGGAGCUUCGGGUGAUCUAGCCAAGAAGAAGAUCUAUCCCACCAUCUGGUGGCUGUUCCGAGAUGGAUUGCUUCCAGAUGACACGUACGUGGUGGGUUAUGCCCGGUCGAAGCUCACCGUGGCCGACAUCCGCAAGCAAAGCCAGCCAUACCUCAAGGCCACCCCUGAGGAACAAGAGAAGCUGGACGAGUUCUUCACCUGCAACUCCUACGUUCAAGGAAAGUACGACGACCGGGCCUCCUUUGAACGGCUCAACGCUCACCUGAACUCUCUGCACAACGGCGAGAAAGCCAACCGGCUCUUCUACCUCGCUUUGCCCCCUAGCGUCUACGAGGACGUCACCCAGAACAUCCGGGAAACCUGCAUGAGUACAGUCGGCUGGAAUCGCGUCAUCGUGGAGAAGCCUUUCGGCAAGGACUUGGACAGUUCCAACAGGUUGUCGGAUCACAUCUCGGCGCUUUUUAGGGAAGACCAGAUCUACCGCAUCGACCACUACCUGGGCAAGGAGAUGGUGCAGAACCUGAUGGUGCUCAGGUUUGGGAACCGGAUCUUCGGCCCCGUCUGGAACAGGGACAACAUAGCCUGUGUCAUUCUGACCUUCAAAGAGCCGUUUGGCACGGAGGGCCGUGGUGGCUACUUUGAUGAGUUCGGCAUUAUCCGGGAUGUAAUGCAGAACCACCUUCUUCAGAUGCUCUGCUUGGUGGCGAUGGAGAAACCAGCCUCAACCAACUCCGAUGACGUGCGAGACGAAAAGGUCAAAGUGCUCAAGUGUAUCUCGGAGGUGAAGCCGGAGAACGUGGUCCUCGGUCAGUACGUGGGAGACCCGGCGGGCAAGGGGGAAGCCCAGAAGGGCUACCUGGACGAUCCGACAGUGCCCCCUGGCUCCACCACCCCCACCUUCGCUGCUGCCGUGGUCUACGUGGACAAUGAAAGAUGGGACGGCGUGCCAUUCAUCCUGCGCUGCGGCAAAGCUCUGAACGAGCGCAAGGCGGAGGUGCGGCUGCAGUUCCGGGACGUGCCGGGCGACAUCUUCCAGCGGCAGUGCAAGCGCAACGAGCUGGUGAUCCGCGUGCAGCCCAACGAGGCCGUCUACACCAAGAUGAUGACCAAGAAGCCCGGCAUGUUCUUCAACCCGGAAGAGUCAGAGCUCGACCUGACUUACGGCAACCGCUACAAGGAUGUGAAGCUCCCCGACGCCUACGAGCGCCUCAUCCUGGACGUCUUCUGCGGGAGCCAGAUGCACUUUGUCCGCAGCGAUGAGCUCCGUGAGGCCUGGCGUAUCUUCACUCCGUUGCUCCACAAGAUUGAGGCUGAGAAGAGCAAACCUAUUCCCUAUCGCUACGGAAGCCGCGGCCCUCCCGAGGCGGACGACCUGAUGAAGAGGGUCGGAUUCCAGUACGAAGGGACCUACCGCUGGGUGAACCCUCACAAGCUGUGAGCCCCGCCUCGAACGCCACGGAGACAACCCCUCUGGUCCACUCCUCCCUGCAGAUGCUGAGCUGGCCCGGCCAGCUGUGGGGCUUGUGCUAGCCUUUUCUUCUACCCCCCCACCGGAGACCAUAUAGGAAGCGUGGAGGGGGGGCCCUCUCGCAGUUGCUUGGUUGGGUGUAGAUACUGAUGCACUCCCCCCCCCCUUGCCCAGGUCAUACCUAAACUCUAGGAGACGGGGCUGCCGCUUCCCCCUCCCCAGCCCGUGCGGGGGGCCUCCCCAGGGCAGGCGCCCCCCACCUCCCACCUUAGAUCAGCUCCAUACCCAGGGCCCCCCUUCGACGGGCCCGAUUUCCUCUUCCAACCCCGGCACCGCUGCGAAGGUGGUCCUUGCCUGUGCGAGGAAGAGAGGCUUCUGGGAAGAAGAAGAAGGGGGGGUGUGUCUCCUCCCACCUGUCGACAUGCUGACCCGCCCAUUGCACUAGCGCCGCUAUUUGCUGCAUCACUCGUUACAUUCCUGGCCCAGGCUGCUUGCU